AUGGGAGCAAAACGUCCUCCACGGCCAGUGCUACAAAUCAAGGGACCAGAGGCAGUGACUCAGCUUGCGCACAACAUGCAGGACAUUCUCUCUGUGUCUGAGCCAAUAACACCUUCAUCCUCUUCUUGCUCGCCGUGUUCCUCCCCUCCUCCUCCUGGAUCAGCUGUGCACGCCUUACAGUCCAAGGUUAAGGCCUUGUCUGAAAAGGAACCACAAGAGACCAAAUUGCUCCUCACACAAAAUAAAUGGGAGGAAGCCUCUACCUCUUCCUCAACGCAUGCCCCCGAGUUGAACGUUUCAGGUGGCAAGGAUGGAGAUGGAAUGUACCACGUCCGCAGGAGCGGUUUUGUGAAUGGCCCUUCUCCUCUUGGAGAGCCGAGAGCUCCGCUGGCAGCCGAGAGUGACAGAGACCAAGAUAACUUUUUCAUCAGUGCAGUCGGCCAGACUCGGGGUGUUGGAGAGGGAGCAAGCUUAGAGAGUCUUCUGACAGAUGACUCUGCAGGUUUGCAAGGGGACAGCCCCACAUCCAGGUCCACAUCCACAUCCUCCAGGACCUGGGCACCACCUAAGGGCUUCUGGCGAGUCGCCCGCCCAGAGACGCUCCUCUUUGACGGAGAACACGUUUCGGGGGACAUGUUACUGGUAGGGGGCGAGGGACCCCCGAGGAGGCCGAAGAUGAAAGCGACAGGUGUGGAGCUGCGCCGGAACCGCAGGGAGCUGCACCAUGCCGACAGCCUGGAGUGCCACCACCGGAGGCGCUUGCAACAGGAGGUGAGAGCAGGGGAAUGUGGUGAGGAGCUGUGGAGCACUGACAGAUUGGACGUCAGGAGUGCUACGGAGAGUCAGGGUACACCCACUCUGUCUGAGAGGACGGAGCGGAACCAGGGUGCUGUCAGACAGGUGCAGUCCCUCCGCAAACACCACACCAAAGGCCUGGAGGUGGCAGCGGCCGACGCAAACAUGCAGCAUUGUGCAGAAGAGGAUGCCAGACUUAUGGACAGUUCUGGCAUGUUUAGUGAUGGAGACAGUGAGCUGGUGUACACUGUGUCGCCAUACGAGUUCGAGCAGAUUUACAGAUGUAUAGUCACAGAUGACCUGCCCUUGAGCCCCCGCCAUGAACAAGCCAAACGUUUGCUUGAAAGAGCGAGGCUGAAAGCCCGAUGUCAGUUCUCCAAAUCCGAACAAUCAGCCCGCUCGUCUCCAGGAAAAGUACCGCCACGGCAGGGCCCAAAGUAUCUACCCUUGGCAUCUCCACCUCUCCAUAAAGCCCUCCUCGUUGCAGCUCAGGAGGAAAUAGCAAUUGCGCCCAUCAAAAUUGUGGACUCGCGAGGACGGGAGUGUGAGCGAGGUGCGCGCCCCCGUCGCGUCGGCCAGUCUCCCACGCGUGUCCGUUUCCAGGACGAGUCUGAGAAGGAGGCUGAACGACGCUAUCUGGAGCGCGUCCGGCUACGGGGACCUGUAGUCACGGAAAAGUCACACAACACCGCCACAACAUCGAAAUCCGACCACAACAGAGGCGUCUCCACGGCAACCAUCCGACAGGACGACCAAGGUGCAGGAAGUGUGGUGGGGAAAUGUGAGGCUUGCGGGUCUCUCCUGGGAAUUAUUAUAGCGAAGGACGCGCAUGGUAAACCUAAGCUCCUGAGCUCGACUGACAAUCAAGGGAAGUUUGGGACAAACUGGGUCUCUACUGGCCUGUUCGGUGAGCCUGAGAGCUACAGCACAGGCGAUGGGGACGCUGCAGCCGGGCAGGCCCUGGCAGACAAUAUGGCAAGCGACAAUACGGCAAGCGCAGGUGAGGAUGGCGGCGUGGACCAGCAGGUGUCUGGAUUUGGCAAGCUGAGGAGGAGGAGUCUGAAGGGCGAGAGACGUGACGACGCAGGACACGUCCUCGGCCCCUACGCCCGGAGCCAGGACCUCUGGGCGCAAAGGCGGAACUCGUACUCCAAGAUGCGGGCGAGCAUGGAGGAGGCCAGCCUCCUGUACGCCCAGAGGAUGCCCGCGCCUCCCCAGGGGGUGACCUUUGCAGUAGACCUACAGUCCCCUCUGGCACGCCCGGCAGGAGCAGCUGCAGCUACUCCUCCAGGUAUUCUGAAGGACACCUCCUCUCCUCAGCUGCCCCUCAAGUCGGCCUUGAAGAACUCCUCCAAAAACCAGCCCAGUGCACAACAACGGGUGGUGACCCUCGUGCCGUCUGUCCAGUAUCGGCUGGUCCACCUGGACCAGGAGAAGGAGGGGAAGCCCCACCACAUAGAGCUCUCUGCGGACGAGCAGCUCACAGUAACCGCAGUAACCUCCUCGCCUACUCUGACCCCCUGCAUCAAGCAGUCUUCUCUCAGGUACACUGCUGCUGCCAAGGCAACCACUGACCUCCUCACGCCAGGAUCAUGGGAUGCCUCUUCGGAGGCAGUGGCAGCUCAUUUGACCGUAGAAGACCCCAUGAGUGCCCCCGUGGAGAGCCGAGCUGCCCUGCGCGGGACCAAAGCUGACGACCUCAGGUCAGAACUCCUCAGGGCCGAACACCGCAAGGCAGAGGUCAUGUGGGACGACAUGCCAGAGAGCGCUCGGAGAGCCAUGAUGGACCAGGAGGGCAAAUCCAAGCUGUCUCUGCGGCGCUUCUUCUCUGCCAUGGGGCUCAACAGUAUGGGCAAGAUGGUGAAGGGGAACCGCUCCAGCAGCAUGGACCAGCUGUGCUCGCCGUCCGCCCGCCACGGAACCCCUGCCAUCAACCUGUCCGCCUCGCCCUCCCCAUCUCCCUCGCACCGCACCCAAACCCGGCUGCAGAGGACCCCUUCCCUGCAGUCCCUGCACACAGAGUCUCCUCUGGCCCAAUUGAGGAAAGUCUCCUCUGUGCAGAGUCUGCAGUCUCCCAAGAGGCUGAAAGAGCGCUCCACAAUACUAGGACCUGUGCCCUAUAAUCUGUCUCCAAGAGAAUUUGACCAAGACCCAUGCCUUGGGGACCCUGAGAUCCCCCGUAGUGGCCCCCAGGGACGUCUGGUGCAGGCGUACCCCGAUGGCACUCUGCUGAUAGAGCUGAGCCGCCCGGCUAAUGGGCCCUUUGGAUUCGUAAUCUCCAGGGGGAAAGGCCGCCCAGGCUCAGGUGUAUUUGUCGAGCAUGUGGGUGACAACUCUGCAGACAGCAUCUACACCGGCCUACUGGGUGUUGGCGACGAGAUUUUGGAGGUGAACGGGGAGAUGGUGGCUGGCCUGGCGCUGGACCAGGUGACUAGGCUCAUGACCCGCGACAGCACCGCUUCCAUCCGGGUCAUCCCUCACCGAUGGAUCCAGAGCUAAGCGGAGCCUAUACAGAGAUAGGAUAGCAAUGCUAUAGUUUGCAGAAGAAGAGGGUAAGAAUGAGUAUCCAAUAAUGUGUAA